CAUAGAAUACAGCUGUCCUGCCACAAAUGAGUGUGAGAUCACAAAGCGGAGACGCAAAUCAUGUCAGGCCUGUCGCUUCAUGAAAUGCCUCAAAGUGGGGAUGCUCAAAGAAGGUAAGAAGAGGGUGCGUCUGGACCGCGUGCGAGGCGGCAGGCAGAAAUACAAGCGGAGGCUGGACACGGAGAACAACCCGUACCUCGGCUUGACGCUGCCCCCUCCCACCAAAAAGCCCCUCACAAAGAUUGUGUCUCACCUGUUGGUGGCAGAGCCAGAGAAGAUCUACGCCAUGCCUGACCCCUCCAUGCCGGAGAGCGACAUCAAGGCCCUGACCACGCUGUGCGACUUGGCUGACCGUGAGCUCGUGGUCAUCAUCGGCUGGGCCAAGCACAUCCCAGGUUUUUCCUCCCUGUCUCUGGGAGAUCAGAUGAGCUUACUGCAGAGCGCCUGGAUGGAGAUCCUCAUCCUCAGCAUCGUGUUCCGCUCGCUGCCCUACGAGGACGAGCUGGUGUACGCCGAGGACUACAUAAUGGACGAGGAGCACUCGCGGCUGACGGGCCUCCUCGACCUCUACGUCUCCAUCCUGCAGCUGGUCCGCAAGUACAAGAAGCUCAAAGUGGAGAAGGAAGAGUUCGUCACCCUGAAGGCCAUCGCCCUCGCUAACUCAGACUCCAUGCACAUAGAGGACAUGGAGGCGGUCCAGAAGCUCCAGGACGCUCUCCACGAGGCCCUGCAGGACUACGAGGGCAGCCAGCACCAGGAGGACCCGCGGCGGGCGGGCAAGCUGCUCAUGACCCUGCCUCUGCUGCGGCAGACGGCCACCAAGGCAGUGCAGCACUUUUACAGCAUCAAGGUGCAGGGAAAGGUGCCCAUGCACAAACUCUUCCUGGAGAUGCUGGAGGCCAAGGUCUGAUCGGAGGGUGGCUGAUUGGCCGCGGCGACGGGGCCGAGGGCUGCGUUAGCGGGAAAAAAAAAAACAGGAAGUGACUUUAACCCGAGGCGGAGGGUACUCAGGAGGAGACCCCCCCCCCCCCUCUCCUUCCCACCACCACUGACUGUGCUAGGCAGGAGAGAGAAUGACCUCUCCCGCUCUUCUCCUGGAGCCCUGGGAAACUAAAUUAAAAAAGAACAAAUUCAAACACUUGGUUAUUAGUAUAAAUAUAAAAAUGCAGAUUAAUUUAAAAUAUAUAAGAAAUAUUAUGUACAGUAAUCAUUUUUUUUUUGUUUUGUUGUUUUGGUUAAUUCUAAGUGGUCAUGCUGUAUAUUUAAGAAGGACCCUUCUGCCCCUCAGCAUCUUCAGAACAAGUAGUUGCCAGUUCUCGAUGGCAAGAUGAAGAGGUUUCUUAUUUUCGGCGAACUCAAAAGUUCCGUAAAUUUUGUUCUGAAGACAGCAGAGGCGUCGACGGCCACCAACAGACUCACGGGUCUCACGGUGCUUGUUUUUUUUUUCUUCUCCCUGAACUUGACCAGGACAUGUAUAUAUUUAUUAAUGGAAGACUGAGUGUACAGUUCAAAAAGUCUGGUGAACUUGGUGGCCAUUUUCUCUUGUUCUCCUCCUGGAAAAAAAACAAAAAGAAAAGAAAAGAAAAAAGAACUAAAACUGUUACCUAAAUCAGCUUAAAUGUCCUUGGAUAUACCUCUCCAGAGCAGGAAGCCCGGCGGGAGACCCGCUGGUCCCAUGUUAAAACCAAACUAGCAUCGGGGCGGGUACGAUUAGUCAGUCGUCUUAUUCCGUAGUAACUCAGCAAUAAAGGGAGCUGUGGGGAAGCCGGGCUUAAGCUCCAAAUCUUUCAUACGCUUUUUUUUCUCCGAUGCUGCUGUUGCUAGAGGACCACGCCUGCGUAUUUCGGG